AUGGUUGAAUCCUAUUACCUGGGCCAGCAGAUCGUGCCUGCAGACGAGUGGGACGCAUUCAUGGAGUCUUUGCGCGCACCAUUGCCCACGACGUUUCGCAUCACGUCGGGCAAGCCAACUUCGCGCCAGCUGCUGGACGCGAUGCACGAUAUCUACGUGCCGUUCUUGAGUAACGUUGAGUUUGAAGGCGAGCGCGUCGUUCCGCCUCGGCAGCUGGAUUGGUACCCCGAAGGCCUUGGCUGGCACUUGGAUGUGCGCAAGAAUGUUUUGCGCAAGUCUCCCGAGUUCAGAAGUUUCCAACAGUUCCUCGUGCACGAAACAGAAGUUGGCUCCAUUUCGCGCCAAGAAGCCGUCAGUAUGCUACCUCCCUUGUUUCUCGAUGUGCGUCCCGAGCACCUUGUUUUGGAUAUGUGCGCAGCACCCGGAUCCAAGACUGCCCAGCUGAUCGAGGCAAUUCACUCGCCGCUGACGUCCUCUCCUGACGCAUUCGACCCCAUGCCCCUUGGCGUAGUCGUUGCCAACGACUCGGACACAAAACGCGCACAUAUGCUCGUGCACCAGGCACAGCGUUUGCCGUCGCCGAACUUGUGUGUGACCAAUGUCGAUGCGAGCAAUUUGCCCAACGUACACGUCGCAUGGCUUGGCGAGAAGCCCGCGGACAAGGUCGUCCAACGCGAACUCAAGUACGAUAGGAUUCUUGCAGAUGUACCUUGCUCUGGUGACGGUACUCUGCGCAAGAACCUGGCGAUUUGGAAAGACUGGACGCCAGGGAACGGUGUCGGCCUGCACGCUUUGCAAGUGCGCAUCCUGGUCCGCGGUUUGGCGCUCUUGCGCUCUGGCGGCCGGCUCGUCUACUCGACCUGCUCGCUGAAUCCCAUUGAGAACGAGGCGGUGGUGGGCGCUGCUUUGCGCCACUUCAAGGGCGAGGUCGAGCUGGUCGAUUGUGCCGAGACCGCGCCUCUCUUGAAGCGGCGUCCCGGCAUGACAUCCUGGAAGGUUGCGCCCGGCAAAGGCGCGCAUCUGUACCCAAGCACAGACAGGCAAGAGGAUGCGGAGGAUGCGAAGCCCGUGCUUCCUGCAAUGCCCUGGGUUACGUCCUGGGAGGCGCUCAAGGAACUCGAUGCGGACCUUGCAGCGCGUCUUCCCUCGUCCCUCUGGCCACAUGGCGAUGAGGAGGAGCACCACUUGGAGCGCUGCAUGCGCGUUUACCCGCACAUGCAAAACACAGGUGGAUUCUUUGUGGCGUGCCUGCAGAAGAAAGAGACUACGCCGGAGGAUUCGGUGAGCAUGGCGCCUGGUAUGGUGCGUGCGAUGGAUAGUGGCAAGGCAGCCGCCGCACAAGGCGCGAAACGUGCGGCAGAUGAGACCGAAGAGGAGCUUGAAGCAAAGCGCACACGCCUCGACGAGACGAACGAGGCUGAACCGCACGACAAACACCAUGCAGAUCGACAGCAGGCGCAAAGCAAGCGCAGCCAGCCACAAGGUGUUGUGCUUGGCGCAUUCGGCAUGCCGUACCGCGAGGAUCCGUUCAUUUACGUGGACGCCGCGAACCCUGAAGUUCAAUCUUGUGUUCCGUGGUUUGGUCUACACAACUUCCCGGUAGCCAACUUGUUGGUCCGUAACCCAGAAGGCGUUCCGUUGCGCAGCAUGUACCUCACUUCUAGCACUGUGCGUGCGAUUGUCGCAGGGGGAGGGACUGGCCAAGGUGUGCAUCCAUGCAUGAACCCGCUCCGUCUGCGGCUUUUGAACUGCGGUGUCAAGGUGUUUGGCCGGCAGGAAUCGGUGAGCCAGGUGAAAAAUGCAGUGAAACACGACGAUGCUGAUGGUGAGGCGCAUAAGCGCCGCGAGAAUGUAUCGAAUGCACUUGCGUGCCGCUGGCGCGUCGUGUCCGACUCGCUUUUCUCCAUGCGCCCGUUCCUGGGCGAGCAGGUGAUUAUUCCUGCGACGCUUGCCGAUCUUGCCUUUUUUAUCACGCGUUACUACCCUCUCCUGGACUCUGUGCCUGGAGAGGUCGGUAGGAGGAUGCGUGACGCGCCUAUGGGAAGCUACGUGCUCGAUAUCGAGCCGAGCGAACAUGAAGGACAUACACUGACUGUGCGCCUUUCGUACCCCAUAUGGCGGUCGAUCGCCUCUGUCAAUUUGAUGCUCGACAAGCAGGAAAAAAGCGCAUUGUCCUUCCGUCUGUUUGGCAAAGAUAUGUCGGACCCCGAAGGGCAGCGCCAAUUCUCCUCCAAUCUCCAGGGCAGGAAGAAGACGGAGUCUGUCGAGGAGGGCGCAAAGUAG